GUACCAGCUCGUGAGCAUCAUGUUGCUGUAUACUAAACUCGCCCCGCCAAAGGCCCCCAAAAGACGGUCUAGAGCAGGUGAGUUGUUGGUUUUUACGAUCGAUACUUCUUCCUUUUACCUCCAUUUUCUUUUCUUUGACCCGCAAGCGCCUCUUUUCCUAUUUGGCUUGCUGCACAUUCUCGUGCGGUAACUGUUGCCGCCCGGAUAGCUUCGUCAUCUUACUCUGAGCCUUGCCUUUUUUUUAACCCGUCAUGCCAUACCUGCCAUUACUUGUUUCAUUUCGUUCGAUAUCUGACAUAAUGUUGUUCAACACAUGCAGGAUGCACAUACUGGUGAGUGGACGGACCC